AUGUCAGAAAGCAACAAGGAAUCUCAGAGUGAUGAGAACUCCACUUGUGGCUCUUCACCCGAAGUUGUCACGAUGGCAAUAUCGGAUCAGGAACAGCAGACAGCCGAAGACGUAUCUACAUGGCCUGAAAAUGUGCCUCAAUGGGCCGAAUUUAUUUUCAGCGGCAUGAAGCCAGAGGACGUUGACGACGACUCACCAUCGAGACUAGAAUGGCUAAGACAGAAGCAAGAUGACAACGAAAAGAACGUACACCUUGAUCAACUCAUGACUAUGAUUGGUCUUGAAAAUUUGAAAGCCCAUUUUCUUGCUGUCAAGGCCAGAGUCAAGGCGAGCAAGCAAACGGGCGACAAGCACAAGAAGUUGCGACUUCAUCUAGUUCUCCACGGGAAAGAUGGAACAGGCAAAAAGUCUAUUGCACAGCUUUAUGCGCAGUUCCUCUAUUCCAUCGGGGCUCACAUUGACGAUGACGAUGAUUGUGACUGUGACGAUGACGAUGAUUGUGACUGCGACGAUACUGAUAACAAUCGCGAUGACGAUGACGAUUCCGAGGAUCCCGACACCCGGUCAACUCCAGCCUCGCAAAAAGACCCUGCGGUUAUCUUCUACGACAUUCCUGGUGGCUACUUCGGCACAGACAGCGUGAGCAACGCCGUUGGUGAUGCGAAAACAUCUGUUGUGAUUAUCUCCUCCAGGGAAAAGACUCUUCUCGACCUUAUCGAGAACAGCGAGGAGGCUUUGCAGCAGCUGCCGGUCCCGUUCACUCUCCCAGAUUACAGCGAUGAUGAAAUACGACAGCUUCUCGUGCGAAUGAUGCAGAAAAAUGGCUUUUCAGUCAGGGGUGGGUUCAAGGAUGGCAGUCUGCGCGCCUUGGCUCGGCGAAUGGUACAAGAAGGAAAGGCGUCCCAACAGCGCUGGAGCUCAUCAGGUCUCUCCGAUCAGCAAAAAGAUGGCGAGACGGACGCCACCGAGAACGCCGAGAUUCUUGAUGUUAUUGACGAUCAAAAUACGGUCUUCAUGCCACAAGACCUCUUAGGACCAGAGCCGAAGGACGCAAGAAUCCACAACGCCUCAUGGAAAAAGCUACAAACCAUGAUCGGACUAAACAAAGUCAAGAGCGAAAUUGGUAAUACCAUCGACUUCUCUCAGACCAACUAUCAACGUGAGCUUCUUGGAGUGAAGCCGCUAAAGAUUGGUCUGAACAGAUUGUUUCUCGGACCCCCUGGAGUAGGGAAAACGACUGUCGCUGCAUUAUACGGUCAGAUACUCAUCGACCUCGGGCUUGUGACUGGGACAAAGGUCAUGGUCCGGAAUCCGUCUGACUUGAUUGGUAGAUAUGUUGGGGAAUCAGAGCGGAAGACACAGGAUAUCCUCUCUCAAGCUCGGGGGAACGUGCUCAUCAUCGACGACGCACACAUGUUGUAUCCCAGAGCAAAUGGAGGCGGCAACAAGACGGAUAUCUAUCGCACAGCUGUGCUUGACACUAUUGUUGCGAACGUGUCCGCAGAUCCGGAGGACAGAUGUAUCAUACUUGUCGGAUACGGUCACGAGAUGGGUCAACUGUUCAACAACUGCAAUCCGGGGCUCCAGAGACGUUUCCCCAAAGAAACGGCUUUACACUUUGACCCGUACAGCGAGGAUGAACUAUGCCAGAUCAUGGAUCUGAAAGCCGAGCAGUGUGACCUCAAAAUGACACAGGAUGCCAGGGCGGUAUCUCGACAAGUCAUCAGCCGCAUGCGCAUUAACCCAAAGAUCGGCAAUGCGGGAGAUGUCGAGAACCUACUCAACCAGGCGAAGGUCCGCCUCAAUGCGAGAAUCAGAUCGGGCCUUUCUCACAGGAAACCUGCCGUCGAGCCUGCCGAUAUUGACCCUCAAUGGGAUCGGGCUUCACAAGCUGAGGGAAACAGAGCAGCCCUCUUCAAAGAUUUCGUCGGAUUCAGAGAGAUUGUCGAAAAGUUUGAAGGAUAUCAGCUCUUAGUUGACGGCAUGCGGCUACAUGACAUUGAUCCCAAGCCCUAUAUCCCCUGGGCCUUCAUCUUCAAGGGCCCGCCGGGCACUGGUAAGACCUCGACGGCUCGAAAGAUCGGACGCCUAUACUACGAUAUGGGCCUGCUUUCCACAGACGAGGUUGUGACUUGCUCAGUCACCGAUAUUGUUGGAGAGUAUGUGGGGCAAACCGGUCCCAAAGUUCUCAAUACCCUUGAGACCGGCCUCGGAAAGGUUCUAUUCAUUGACGAAGCCUACCGUCUAGCCAUGGGCAGCAAUGGCACAAGUGGUUCCAGCUUCCACACGGAAGCCGUCGGAGAGCUAGUCGAUGCCAUGACACAACCGCGUUACAGGAACAACAUGGUCGUAAUCUUGGCCGGGUACACCCGCGAGAUGGAUUGUUUAAUGCAAACCAACCCGGGGUUGCGAAGCAGAUUCCCAGAACAGAUCACAUUUGAGCCCAUGCCUCCACACGCAUGUCUUCAGUAUCUCAGGAACCAGCUUCAGAGGCUCAAGAUCGGCGUAGUUGAAGGAGAUGACUCGUCGGAGAUUGUCCACGACCUGUUCGAACGUCUAAGCCUCACACCGAGGUGGGCCAGCGGUCGUGACGUCGAGACAUUGGCCAGAAGGAUCAUUAGCAGUGUGUACAUGCAGCAGGGCAAGUUCGGGAAGAAAGGAGCGGUGGUCCCCCUGCAGGUGACUACAACUGAUCUUGUUUCCAUACUCGAGGAGAUGUGGGAGGAGCGCAGGGGAAGUAAGGCCACAUCACAUCACGCCCGGUAG